AUGCCUCGGCGUGUGAAGGAAGAGGAGAAAAUCGAAAUGAUUAUUCGUGAUCUUUUGAAGCAGACGGAUAAUAGGCGAUGCAUCAACUGCAAUAGUCUGGGGCCUCAAUAUGUCUGCACAACUUUCUGGACAUUUGUCUGUACAAAUUGCAGUGGAGUUCAUCGGGAAUUUACUCAUCGAGUGAAGUCGCUAUCGAUGGCAAAGUUCAACGAAGAAGAAAUUACAUCCCUUCAAGCCGGUGGAAAUGAGAGAGCAAAGCAAAUUUAUUUCAAAACUUGGGAUUCGCAACGGAAUUACUAUCCCGAUGGCAGUAAUCUUCAAAAGCUUCGAGAAUUUAUCAAACACGUCUAUCUAGACCGAAGAUACGCCGGUGAAAACAACAGUUCCAACAAGCUAUCCAUGAUUAAAUUGGAAACAAGAAAGAACUAUUGCGAAAUAAGACCGUUCGAAAAACGGAGGGAAGAUUUUACAACGGAGAGGCCAACUUUCGAAAGAAAUAGUUCGUUCGAGAAAUAUAGUCCAUCGAUAAGAACCAAUGCAAGAACUUUCAAAGAUAUGUUGGAAGAAAGAAGCCCUCGAUAUAGCAGCAGCAGCAGCAGCAACAGCAGAAAUAAUCGUACCCCUCGUAAUUUUGAGAUAGUGGACGACAGAUUUAGAGACGAUGGAAGCGUAAAGCGCUACGAAAUUGUUAGGCACUCGUCGUAUAAUAAUCGAGAUCAACCUCAAAGAAGUGCAUCAAUGACAUCAAGUACCCUCCAGAAAGUUCCGGUUCUUACAAUUUGUGGGCCCCCCAAAUCGAAUGUCGCGAAGGAAACCUCAGAUUCUGCUAAAGUUCAGGUGGCAGAAGCUAUCAAUAAAGAAGGUUUUACGGACGAGAAACGGAAAACAGAAAAGAAGGUAAAUUUGAAUAGUUUGAUCGAUUUCGAUCCGAAAACGGAGACUAGUUCCAAUACAGCUUCGAAAAACGAUAAGGAAAAAUCUUCUUUUCGAAUCGAAUAG